AUAGCGGCUAUGAGAAAUCGUACGAAGACGAGGCCACUUCCUCUGUUUCCUUCAAUUCUUGUCCUAUGUAUCGCUCUUUCACGUCUCUCCUUGGCCCAACAAGGACAACCCAUCAAGACAAUCGUGGUGUUGGUGCUGGAGAACAGGUCCUUCGAUCACAUGCUCGGAUGGAUGAAAAGAACCAUCAAUCCUAACAUCAAUGGCGUCACCGGGCGCGAGUGCAAUCCGGUCUCGACCAACAAAACUGACCCGGAAAUGAUCUGCUUCACGGACGACGCCGAGUUCGUCGAUCCCGAUCCGGGCCACUCGUUCGAAGCUGUGCAGCAACAGGUGUUCGGGUCCGGCACAGUUCCUACCAUGACAGGCUUUGUGGAGCAAGCGCUGAGCAUGUCGCAGAACCUCUCGGAAACUGUGAUGAAAGGCUUCAGGCCUGAGUCUGUGCCCGUUUAUGCCGCUCUGGUGAGUGAAUUUGCGGUGUUCGAUCGGUGGUUCUCGUCGAUUCCUGGCCCGACCCAACCCAACAGGCUCUUUGUCUACUCCGCCACCUCUCAUGGCUCCACCAGCAAUGUCAAGAAACUACUUGCCAAAGGGUUUCCUCAGAAGACCAUCUUUGAUUCUCUCCACGAGAACGGCAUGAACUUUGGGAUUUAUUACCAAAACAUACCCAACACGCUGUUCUAUAGGAACUUGAGGAAAUUGAAGUAUAUCUUCAAGUUUCAUCAGUAUGAUUUGAAGUUCAAGAGAGAUGCUAGAGAUGGGAAGUUGCCCAGCCUGACCGUCAUCGAGCCUCGGUACUUCGAUCUCAAGGGUAUGCCGGCUAACGAUGAUCACCCUUCUCAUGAUGUGGCCAAUGGGCAAAAGCUUAUUAAGGAGGUCUAUGAGACACUAAGAGGAAGCCCCCAGUGGAAUGAGACACUCUUGAUCAUCACCUAUGAUGAGCACGGUGGAUUCUAUGACCAUGUCGAGACUCCAUAUAUCAAUGUGCCUAAUCCGGAUGGGAACACUGGCCCCUCUCCAUAUUUCUUCAAGUUCGACCGCCUCGGGGUUCGAGUGCCCACGGUCAUGGUGUCUCCUUGGAUCAAGAAAGGAACUGUGAUAAGCGGUCCAAAGGGACCAGCUCCAAAUUCAGAGUUCGAGCAUUCUUCAAUUCCUGCAACGAUAAAGAAAAUUUUCAACCUCACCUCCAACUUCUUGACUCACAGAGAUGCAUGGGCUGGCACGUUUGAAGAGGUUGUAGGAGAAUUGACCUCCCCAAGAUUUAACUGCCCAGAGACAUUGCCUGAUGUGACGCCUUUGAGGAAUUCAGAAGCAAAGGAAAGCGGCGGGCUAUCUGAGUUUCAGAGUGAACUUGUGCAGUUAGCGGCUGUUCUUAAAGGGGACCACUUCUUGAGCAGCUUCCCAGAUGAGAUGGGCAAGAAGAUGAGCGUGAAGGAGGCCAAUGAGUACGUGAAUGGCGCCAUUUCUCGGUUCAUGAGAGCAAGCAAAGAGGCCAUCAAGUUGGGUGCGGAUGAGUCUGCUAUUGUUGAUAUGCGGUCAUCCCUCGCUACAAGGUCUUCUAUCCACAGUUAGAUACAACUGUUGGGGGUGUUCACAUGUCCGAUAGAACAGUCUAUAUAGGAAACUUAGGGAUAUCUAUGCUUGAGGAAUCAGUGAAUUAGAAUGGCCCGGAAAAAAAAAAGAUUAAAAAAUGAAAGCUGGCUUCAUAGGUUCGGUUUUUCGAAAA